CGAACAAUGCCGGUGUCAUCUGAACUGAACAGCACAGCACCGAGGAAGAGGACGAUAGUCACAGGUCACCGGUAUCCUGAGAAAGUAGGAGGAGAUCGCCGGCUGAAACCUCGCGUUUAGCUUUUUACAUUGACAUAUGAUCUCAGUUAACAUCUGAGAUCUGCCUUCGUUAUUUUCUUUAGUUGAAACAGAUCAUCAUGGCCAAGAAGAGAGGCGGAAACCGUGAGCCCGAGAGCAGUCCUCUGGUCGAGCAGGAACCGAGGCCCUCCAGCCACACUAAUAAAGGAGCCCAGUCACCAGGAGGAGCCUCUGCACGCAUGUCAAUCCUCCUCCUCGUCUCUAUCUUUGCCUGUUCUGCUUGCGUCAUGUAUCUAGUGUUCAGAAAUUUCCCAGAGCUGAGCGAAGACGAGAGGGGAAAAAUCAAAAUUCCUAAGGACAUGGAUGAUGCAAAGGCAUUGGGCACAGUGCUGUCUAAAUACAAGGACACAUAUUACACCCAAGUGCUUUUAGCAUACUUUGCUACAUAUAUCUUCCUUCAGACGUUUGCCAUCCCAGGCUCCAUAUUCCUCAGUAUACUGUCUGGUUAUCUCUACCCUUUUCCUCUAGCUCUCUUCCUCGUCUGUCUGUGUUCAGGCCUCGGAGCGUCUUUCUGCUAUAUGCUGUCUUAUUUAGUCGGGAGGCCGAUGGUCUACAAGUACCUCACAGAGAGAGCUCAGAAAUGGUCUCAACAGGUGGACAAGCACAGAGAGCACCUCAUUAAUUACAUCAUUUUUUUGAGAAUAACUCCCUUCCUUCCGAACUGGUUCAUCAACAUCACCUCACCGGUUAUUAAUGUACCUCUGGGGGUCUUCUUCCUGGGCACUUUUCUUGGAGUGGCUCCUCCAUCCUUUGUGGCGAUAAACGCAGGGACGACGCUGUACAAACUGACCACGGCUGGCGAGGCCGUGUCCUGGAACUCUCUUAUCGUCUUGGGCGUUUUAGCUGUUGUCUCCAUCCUGCCCGUCUGCUUUCAGAAGAAACUUCAGCAGAAGCUUGAAUAGAGAUCUCCACCCCUGCUUGAUUCAACUCAGGAAUGAUACUGGUCCUACAAACCUCUCCUUGCUUUCUUCUCUUCCUUUAUGCAUGUACGGCAAGCGCUCAUUUUGUCAUACGACGGGCAGCCAGUGGCUGUCAGGACAGGCCUUCCAUUGUUUGGACAGGACUUUCAUGGGAUGAAAAUUCUAUCAUCAUUAGCAUCAAGCAAUAUUUUCCACAUCAAUGUCUUCAGUCAGAGGAUGUGAAAUUUCUCAAUAUUUUCCGCAAAACGGCAAUGAUUAAUGUGCGAUACACUGGAAGAGACGUUUUCACUCCCUCCGAAGUUGCUGAGCUAAAAUGGAAAGUGCCAACAUCGACUUCUUUGGUCUUACAGCUAAUUUAAUAUUCAAAUGUGUUAUGAAACCUUUCGAGGGUGUGCUUUGUGGGUUUACGGAUUUCUCUCUAACUCUAAUCUUUAUUUCUUAUGCCAGCUGAGACUGCAGUUGGGAUCUGAAUGGACGGUCUCUUAACAGUGCCCUGCGUACUGCUGCCGACUGUAGAUGAUAGCGCUUAGCUCUGGUUAUAGACCUAAAACUGAUAAAUAUGGAUGAUGCCACAUUAGUAUUACAGAUCAAGACUGUAGAUUGAAUUUAGAAAGGUUUUGCCUUAAUAUAACAGGUUACUUGAAGUAAAAUAAAUGGAACGAAUAGCCUGAUGUCACACAUACUAAACAAUUAAAGGAAUAGUUCACCCAUUCUCUCAUCAUUUACUGCAAUGUUUUUUUAAUUCAGAUAAACACAACAAAGAUUUUUCAGAAUAUAAUCCAUCUCUAGGAGUCCAUAUAAUGCCAUUGGGUGUCGCUUGAUUGAUGGGUGAAAAACCACACCCAGUGAUCAUGAUGCAUGACCCCAGCCAAUGUCUUCUGAAGUGAAACGAUAGUUGUAAGUGUGUUGUGAAGCUCGCACAACAAGUGGCGUUUCUCCGUGCUUCUGUUAGAUCUCGCGCAAACUUCACAAUGCAUUUAAGACCAUCAAGUGUCACAACGUCCCUCUCAUGAACGCUCAUAUAACAGUAGGCCGGAAGCAAUGAUUUCUAGUUAAAAAUAUUAGUAUUUUUCUUCCACACACAAAUCAUUUCCCUUCAGAAGUCAUUGAUUCAUCCAAUGUGGUUUUUCUAGCGUCAACCAAGCAACACCCAUUCACUUUCACUAUAUGGACUCACAGAGAUGGAUUAUUUUCCUAAAAAUAAUCUUUUUUGUUCAUCUGAAGAAGGAAAAUCAUAUCCAUGAGGGUGUAUAAAUGAUGAGAGAAUUUUCAUUUUGCGUGAACUAUCCCUUUAAGACUUAUUUUAGCAUUUCAAAUGCAAUUUUCCUUUCUUUACAUUUGGAUGUGAUGUUUUGAAAUGGCCAAAUGAUUGAUUUUGAACUUAAUAUAUUGUGUUUUUGUUUCUAAUUUUCGUUUUAGCCACGUGACAGAGGGAAGUAUUACAUUCUGAGCCUGGAAAUGUAGGAGAUUUGUAACUGUUACAGUUAGUAUCCUGGACCUAGUCAAGCCAAACCACUGUUAAUGGUUUUAAAUGGAGUAUGUCUAUUUAAUUGAGGCAGCUUAGUGGGAUUUUAUGCCAUUCAAAUUGCCUUUCAGUCAAACAAAUCAGUCUUAAGAAAAUGUCAUGCGUUUGUCUAAUAACUACAGUACUGUUUGUACUUUAUGGAUACCUGAACCGUUAAACCGUCAAUACACUAGUUUCCUGACUGACUUUAUGUUGGGAUGGAAUCAAUAAGAUGUGCGUGAGGUUAAAUGAACAUAGUUUGCACUGAAUUUCUUUUAAGUGAAAGGGUACGAAGAGGGACGGUCUUAUACCAGAUAUCAUUUCCCUCUUCCCUCAUUUGAUUUAUCUCAUGCUGCAUUAAUAAAUAUCUGCAGCUUUGAUCAACAUUUAGUUUGUGUCAUCUCUAAAUGUCCAAAUGUUCCCAGCAGCUCUUGAUGUAACAUUGUACCGAACAGAGAGCAAAUGUGAGUUAUGCGUUUGUUCUGAAACAGUUUCAAGUCUCGGCAAACUGUGUUUAUGAUGAUUAGUGUGUCUCUCUCACCCAUUUAUAAUUUCCUAAAUUAUAGUCAUCCUGAUUUUUUUUCUCUAGCAUAUUUUUACAGAAAUGUCUUUAUCAAUAAAUUAAGGUUACUGAUUACAGUAUUAAGGUUUAAUUGAGAAUGUAUUGUCGUGUCCUGUAUUUUUAAAAUCUCUUCAUGUCUAACUGUCUUCUUUAAACAUGAUAUAUUUAUUAUAAGAUGAUUAAAUACAUGAGUAACA